CUUGCACUGUCACAGACACAGUGUGUGCGUAUAGAGUGUAUGUAAUGGACUACUUGCCUGGUUAAGGUGAAGAAAUCUGGAAGCAAGUUCUCUGAUAACCUGUCCCUGCCAUUUAUAUGAGAUGACUUCCAAAAUGUCAGUAGCUUAAUAGAAACCAUUGAUUCAGGUGAAAUAAUUAGAAAAACAAAUCCCUAACAAGAAACAGAAUGGAUCUGAGAGCUAAGCAUGGUCUGAUGUUGUUGGAACAGCUGAAUCGCAUGCGUGAAGCUGAACAGUUGACAGAUGUGGUACUAGUUGCAGAAGGCAUCAGCUUCCCAUGUCAUCGGUCAGUUCUUGCUGCAUUCAGCCCUUAUUUCCGGGUCAUGUUUACCUGUGGCCUGCGUGAAAGUACAAACCGCCAGGUGGUACUGAGAGACAUGCCAGCUCAAAGCUUAGGCCUCUUGCUGGAAUACAUGUACAGCUCCAAGCUUCCACUUUCCCCAGACAAUGUACAGGGUAUCUCAGUUGCCGCAUUCCUCUUGCAGAUGGAUGAUGUCUUUAGCCGCUGCCAGAUCUAUAUGACGGCCAACAUGGAUGCCUCCAACUGCCUUGGGAUAUAUUACUAUGCUCGAGAUUUGGGGGCUGAAGAAUUAGCAGACCAGGCUCAACGUUACCUUCGACAACACUUCACAGAGGUGUGUCACAGCGAGGAGGUGUUGGAUUUGGAAGCCUAUCAACUUGUGGCUUUGCUAGCUUCAGAUGAUCUUAAUGUGACCCGAGAGGAAACCAUUCUUGACCUAGUGAUGCAGUGGGUGAAACAUUGCUCAAUUGCUGUAAGUCUGGGGAAAGAAAAUCGUGCCAGUCAGCUACCAGAACUUUUACAGAAGGUACGCCUUCCACUGGUGAGUGUCAGCUACCUGAAGGAGACAUUGCGCCGCAACACAGCACUGCUGGCCGAUGCAGAAUGUCUGCAGAUGAUGGAGGAUGCAAUUGAAGCGGCAGGUCUGCAUCCAGAGGCUCCAGCACGACGACUGAAGCUACGUUACGGCAUGGAAACGACCGAUCUACUGCUAUGCAUUGGCAAUGAUAAUGGAGGAAUACGUUCACGUUUUGGAAGCUAUUCAGACCGCAGCUUCUGUUAUUCUCCCAAAACUGGCCGAACAUUUUUCAUCACUGCUCCUCGAUAUGCUGAUGCCCUUGGAUAUGUGUGCACUGGAGUUGUCACUGAACACAAUGACAUUAUUGUUGCAGGCGAGUCAGGGCCACGAAGAUUGGCAAGACAAAAGGAGAAGAAUGUGGAGAUUUGCAAGUAUAAUGAAGAAGCUCAGGGUAGUUGGAAGCACCUUUGUUCAGCAGAAUACCGUGACUCAUAUGCCCUGAGUUCCCUGGGAGAUAACCUGUACCUAAUAGGGGGCCAGAUGAUGCUGAAGAAUCAGUAUCUCAUCACCAACAGUGUUGCACGUUGGUCUUUACAGGGUGGCCCUUGGCGCAGUGCUGCUCCGUUACCAAUGCCCUUGGCCUAUCACAGUGUAGUCCGGAUUAAAAACUGCCUUUAUGUGCUUGGGGGGAGGACACCACAGGUUAAAGUGCUUAACACAUAUCAUGUGGAUGAGGAGCCUGACCGUAUGAGUAACCGCCUACUUAUGUAUGACCCAGAGAACAACAAGUGGGAUGAGCGCUGUCCUAUGAAAUAUUCCAAAUAUCGCUGCAGUGCAGUGGCUCUCAAUGGGGAGAUUUAUGUUAUAGGUGGCAUUGGGUGUGAGGGUGUAGAUCGUGGACAGUCACGUCGCUGUCUUGAUGCAGUAGAAAUCUACAAUAUUGAUGGGGAUUUCUGGAGAGAUGGCCCUCCCUUACCAUGGCCACUUUUAUCACUACGAAGCAAUGCACCAAACGCUGGGGAAGUGGAUGGCAAACUAUAUGUCUGUGGAUACUAUAAAGGAGCAGACCGCCAUGACAUCAUCACUAAGGAUAUCCUGCAGUUGGAUCCAUGGGAGAAUGAGUGGACGGUGGUGGUUAAACAGGCUGUUAUGCAUGACAGUUAUGACGUGUGUCUGGUGGCGAACCUUAACCCGCGAGGACUCAUGCCCCCUCCAGCUGACUUGGUGGAUGAAUAACAAAAACUAUGUAUGACAAAAGCAAACACAGUCAUAAAUUUGACAAUUUGCACACAUGAAAAUUGCAAUCUCCACAGGUGUGAAUAUAGACUGUGUUUUAUUCACUUAAGUCUGAACUGAAUACAGAUGAAAGAUAUUGUUGCAAUAUUAGUGAUUAGUGCUGAUUUAGACUGAUGGUUUCAUUUGAACUGCAUUUUCAAAUAGAACUUAAUAGAUUUUUUAGAACUGUUUUAUAACAAAAAGUAUAAUAGAUUACAGAGAGGUUCCCACGACUUACUCCUGUUUCAUGAAGCUAACAUUAAGGUGUAUUUUUAAUAUUAUCAAGCUCUAUUAAAGUGUUCUUUGGUUGCAUUAAAUAUAAGCAUGCUAUAUGGAAGAACUCUCCAGCUGCAUAACAAACAUGACUAUAGUCAUGUUUGUACUACCAUAACAAUACAAAACAAUACAAAUAUAAAGAACAGUUCUCGAACAAAUAUUUAGAAAAUCAUGUGAGAAAUAUGAAAUUCAAAACAGCAAUACAUAACCUUUUUUAACAAUCACAUAGACAAAAUGCUAAAUUGCACUAUUAUGUAAGGCAAUAAUAACAUGACUGAGUGCCCACAGGCAGCAAAGAAAUUUACUGUACUGUAGAGCUACAAAGAUCCAGUUACAGUAUAUAGAAAAUCAACCAAAACAUCCUUUAAGUCCUAAUAAAGGUCAUAGUCAAAAUUUUUU